GGGAAAUGUAGUCAUUGGUGGCCAGGGACCGGGGUGUCCAGCGGUGACAGCUCAGGAGGUGCUUUAACUACGCAGUUCUCCACCCAACCCCCUUUGAAGUUGGGGUUUAUUAUCCCCAUUUCGCAGAUAGGGCAAGCUCAGAGAGGUGAAGCGACUUGCUCAAGUUUCCCUUGACCCUGAGCAGCAGGCGGUACAAGGUGUACUGUGUGAGGGAGACAGCAGGGAGAGCCGUCUCCUGGGGCUCGUGCGCUACAGCCCAGAACGUGGAGUUCAGGAACAUGCUCUCUUCCUGUAUACGCACCGGAGGAUGGCCAUUACUGGGGAUGAUGUCUCUUUGGACCAGAUAGUGCCGGUCUCAAGGGAUUUUACGCUGGAAGAAGUGUUCCCAGAUGGUGAACUCUACAUUCUUGGCUCAGAUGUGACCGUCCAGCUGGACACAGCAGAACUCAGCCUCAUAUUCCAGUUACCCUUUGGUUCACACACCAGGACGUUCCUCCAGGAAGUUGCUAGGGCCUGUCCAGGCUUCAACCCUGAGACCCCGGAUCCUGAGUUCCUGUGGCUGUCUCGCUACAGGUGCACUGAGCAGGAACCCUCGCAGCGCGGUUGGAAUUCGGCCUCAGGCACCUGGCCCGGGUGCACCAGAAUUGGCGGAGGUGGUUCUCAGUCUGACAAUUUGAGGCCAGACGGGAAAGGCCUGCUUGUGGACCAAAGCUUCCGGGGUCAGGAUAAGCCAGAAAGCUUGCUCACAAGACAGAAUAAAUCCAAGUCUGAAAUUACCGACAUGGUUCGCUCAUCUACUAUCACAGUAUCAGACAAGGCUCAUAUUUUAUCAAUGCAGAAGUUUGGACUGAGAGAUACAAUAGUGAAAUUACGUCUAGUGCAGAAAGAAGAGGAUUAUACCUAUAUCCAGAACUUCAGGUUUUUUGUGGGAACAUACAAUGUCAAUGGACAGUCCCCCAAAGAAUGCCUCCAGCCCUGGCUAAGCCAUGGUAUCCAGGCCCCAGAUGUAUACUGUGUAGGAUUCCAGGAGCUCGAUCUGAGCAAAGAGGCCUUUUUCUUCCAUGAUACCCCAAAGGAGGAAGAGUGGUUUAAAGCUGUAUCAGAGAGCCUUCAUCCAGAUGCCAAGUAUGCAAAGGUGAAGCUCAUCCGACUGGUUGGGAUUAUGCUGCUGCUAUAUGUCAAGCAGGAGCAUGCAGCGCACAUCUCAGAAGUGGAAGCUGAGACUGUGGGGACAGGCAUCAUGGGGAGGAUGGGUAACAAAGGAGGAGUGGCGAUCAGGUUCCAGUUCCACAAUACCAGCAUCUGCAUUGUGAAUUCUCACUUGGCAGCCCACACAGAAGAGUAUGAGAGGAGGAACCAGGACUAUAAAGACAUUUGCUCUCGAAUGCAGUUUUGUCAGGUUGACCCCAGCCUUCCUCCUCUCACCAUCAGCAAGCACGAUGUGAUCUUGUGGCUGGGGGACCUCAACUAUAGGAUAGAAGAACUGGAUGUGGAAAAAGUAAAAAAGCUCAUCGAAGAGAAGGCCUUUCAAACCCUGUAUGCAUAUGACCAGCUGAAAACUCAGGUGGCUGCAAAGGCUGUCUUUGAAGGGUUCACAGAAGGCGAGCUCACGUUCCAACCUACCUACAAAUAUGAUACUGGCUCCGACAAGUGGGAUACCAGUGAGAAGUGUCGUGCUCCUGCCUGGUGUGACCGGAUCCUCUGGAAAGGCAAGAACAUCACUCAGCUGAGCUACCAGAGCCACAUGGCCCUGAAGACCAGUGAUCACAAGCCUGUCAGCUCAGUUUUUGACAUUGGGGUGAAGGUUAUAAAUGAAGAGCUUUACCGGAAGACUCUGGAGGAGAUUGUUCGCUCCCUGGAUAAGAUGGAAAAUGCCAAUAUUCCUUCUGUGUCCCUCUCCAAACAGGAGUUCUUUUUCCAGAAUGUGAAGUACAUGCAGUUGCAAGUAGAAUCCUUUACAAUUCAGAAUGGACAAGUGCCCUGUCAGUUUGAAUUCAUCAACAAGCCUGAUGAAAAGUCUUACUGUAAGCAGUGGCUGAAUGCCAACCCCAGCAGAGGGUUCCUGCUGCCAGAUUCUGCCAUUGAGAUUGAAUUGGAGCUAUUUGUAAAUAAGACCACGGCUACAAAGCUCAACUCGGGUGAAGACAAACUUGAGGACAUUCUGGUUUUGCACUUGGACAGGGGAAAGGAUUACUUUUUGUCUGUGUCCGGGAACUACCUUCCCAGCUGUUUUGGAUCUCCCCUUCAUACAUUGUGCUACAUGAGGGAGCCAAUCUUGAACCUGCCACUUGAAACUAUCAGACAGCUGACACUGAUGCCACUGCGGACUGAAGAUGAUGGGAGCCAGAUGGAAAUCCCCAAAGAACUCCAGAUGAUGGUUGAUUACCUAUACCGAAAAGCCGUCCAACAGGAAGAUCUGUUUCAACAGCCAGGCCUUAGGUUGGAAUUUGAGCGUAUCAGAGACUGUUUGGACACUGGAACGAAUGAUACCCUCGAAACUCUCUCUGCUAGCAAUCAUUCCAUAGCCGAGGCUCUGCUGCUUUUCCUGGAGAGUCUGCCAGAGCCCGUCAUCUGUUACAGCGCCUAUUAUAACUGCUUGGAGUGUUCUGGCAACUACACUGCAAGUAAACAGGUCAUUUCUACUCUCCCUACAUUCCACAAAAAUGUCUUCCACUACUUGAUGGUGUUUUUGCAAGAAUUGCUGAAAAAUUCAGCAAAAAAUCAUUUGGAUGAGAAUAUUCUAGCUAGCAUAUUUGGCAGCUUACUGCUUCGACACCCAGCUGGUCACCAAAAGCUUGAAACAGCAGAGAAGAAGGCUCAAGAAUUUAUUCGCCAGUUCCUCUACAACUCACCCUGAGCCUCUCCAUCUCUUCUCUUAUUUUACCUGAGGCAGCCAAUUUCCAGUCUCACCUGUUUUUGUUCAAAAGUGGCCUUAAGAGGAUGUGAGGCCAUUUGGAAGCAAGAGUGGCAACUGCCUAUUUCCUGAGCCCAGGCCAUCUUCUCCUGCUAUGGCUAUUACACUCAGUGCUGCUGUGAGUUGUGAAGACAUGAGGGGAAAUCCACCACAAUAAAACUGACAUUCAAAUGUUCAACUUUAGUUAUUUAACACAGAUAGAUCUCUAUUUUUUAUUUUAAAAAUGUUGAAAUAACUGUACUUGUGCUCACUUAGCCUGCCUCCAAGGCAUAGUCAGUGCCUUCCCUGUAGCCUGGGCUGACCUCCCCAUGAUCAGAUGUUUGAGCAAACUCUGGAGUUCCUAAGGGAGAAUGCAUUGGACAGCAGUAAUGCAAGUGGAAGCUGUUGGAUAAACAGGCCACAGCCACCCCAGAUACUUCCAGCUCUCUGAGGACAUGUGUAUAUGUAUAUGCAAUCCUUACCCCCUUUCCUACUCAGAUGUGGCUCAGCAAUUCAGAGGCUGGCCACUCAGCCUCUGAGGGCAACACAGUGGCUUGAAAAUGAAAAUACUGAAGAAAUUAGGUGUUCUGGUGAAACAAGUGGAAUUUUCUGGGCAGCAAAUCCUCCGAACUGUAUAUGAUGCAUUUCCUCUCAUGUGUGUAAUAUAUUUUAAUGAUAAAUGUAUUUUUAACGGUG